AUGUUCAUGCAAAGUACAAAUGGAUGUCAAGUAUGGGACACUUCCUUGUCUGUGCAAGCGGUGAUUGAAGCAGGCCUGGCAAACGACCCGGAAAACCACGAGUCAAUGAUAAAGUCCUUGGAAUUUCUCGAAGACUCCCAAAUAGAAAGUGAUCCGAAUUACAUGGAACAAUGCUGGCGAGAUUUUACCAGUGGUUUGUGGGGAUACAGUACGAAAGAACAAGGAUGGAGUGUUUACGGCAGUACGGCUGAAGCCUUGAAAGCCGUUUUAUAUCUUCAGGCUAAGUUGGAUUACACCCCACCACUUGUCUAUCAAUCUCAGAUUCACUCGGCAAUAGAUGUGCUAAUAGAAAAACAACACCCCAACGGCGGCUACUCGAAUUACGAGUUGGUGCGAGGUCAAUCCUGGCUGGAUAGUGUGAUGACAUGCUUGAGAAUUUUCUCAAAAGUUGAUUUGGUUGAUUACAGGGUUGACGAGAUUGAAAAGGUGAUCAACAAAGCAACGAAUUAUAUACACAAUACGCAACGUAAAGAUGGCAGUUGGUUUGGAUCCUGGGGUAUAUGUUUUACCUACGCAACAAUGUUUGCCCUUCAAGGACUGUCUAGCGUUGGUGAGAAUUACGAAAAUAGCAAAUAUGUCAAGAAAGCAUGCGACUUUUUAAUUUCCAAACAAUGCGAGGACGGGGGAUGGGGUGAAUCCUACAAGUCGGCAGCAGGAUCGGGAAAAUAUAUCCAAUCGCAAGGAUCCCAAGUUGUAAAUACAGCUUGGGCACUGCUUGGACUGAUGUACGCUCAGUAUCCGGUUCAUGAUCCUGUAAAGCGUGGAAUCGAUGUAUGUGCGAUGAUUUCGACUUUAUCUCGCAUCUUUUUCCAACUGCUAACGGUUACCUUGUCAAAACAGUUGAUAAUAUCACGUCAAACCCACAUCGGCGAAUGGAAACAGGAAUCCUUCGAAGGGAUAGUGGGAAAAAAUUGCCCUAUAAAUUAUUCAAACUAUAAAUUCAUUUUUACGAUUCGGGCAUUGGGCUUAUAUUCCAAAUUGUACGAGAGUGACGGUGAAGAUGAUGGGCUUUGGGAGUUUAUAUGA